UGUGAAUUAUUAGAAUCAAAUGUAAGCAGCUCGCGUGUACAGUAGAGUCCAAAAACAAUUUUAAGUAUAUCUGCUUAAUGUCAGCUGAUCAGAACAAAGCAGACACGUAUUCUUUCUUCUUUGCUUUUGCUUCGAUUGACCUUCAUAAUGAACCAUCAUGAUAUAUGAUUAGAUAUGACCAAUUCAGUGUUGCCAUGCUUGUCAUUCAAGGCAUGUCUCUCAAGAUUUUCUGGAGGUUACAUCAGCCUUUGAAAAGGACACAAGCCUGUGGAUUUGCUGUCAGGACACUAAAUGGAUUAAACAGUGUCCCCUCCAACAGGUUAAACUGCACAACAGUGGCAUCCAGUGCAUCUACACAAAACCCUCUUAGAGACUGGAGGAACGGUCACACCAGUUUACAUUACCAUAGAUGCUUAGUGAAGAGAGGAGUGUGUCAGAGACCACUUUUUGAAAGACUUACUCCUUUAAAUUUAAAAUCCAGUUUACAAAUGAGAUUGCAGUCCACAACAACCGCCAUCAAAUCAGUGCUGAAACAAGGAGGCAUGCCGGGAAAAAGGACCUUUAAGGGACCAAGAACCAAACAGCCUUCACGAACCAAUCAGCCCAGUCUGGAGGAGGACAUGAUGCAGUGCAUUGCAUACGCAACCGCAGAUCAGUACCAUUUACCAACCCUCUGUCACGAUCUCAUCGCUCAUGGCUUCGUUGAAAUCAAAGAAUUUCCCAGAGAUGCUUCUAAUGUUUUGGUUAUGAGAACAGAGAAUGCUGCAAAACCUUAUGAUAGUGGCACAAUAUUUGUCUUCAGAGAAGGCUCUGUGGUGUUCUGGAACAUUGAAGAAAAAACUAUAAAGACAGUGAUGAGGAUACUGGAACAGCAUGAAAUUCAACCCUAUGAAGUCGCUCUGGUCCACUGGGAAAAUGAAGAGAUCAAUUAUACAGUGGGAGAGGGUAAUUCAAAGCUCCAUCGUGGAAUUUUCCUGUUUAAUGAAGAGCUGGAUUAUGAUCAGGUUGUCCUGGAGAAGUUUGCAUUUUCCAAUGCUUUAUCUCUGUCAGUAAAACUAGCAAUAUGGGAGGUCUCUCUCGACAACUUUGUUGAGUCCAUCCAGUCAAUUCCUGAGAUGCUGAAGUCUGGACAGAGAGUGAAACUGUCCAGGGCUGAAGUUAUGCAGAAGAUAGGGGAGCUCUUUUCCCUCAGGCACUGCAUAAACCUCAGCUCUGACUUACUGAUCACACCUGAUUUCUACUGGGACAGAGAAGAUCUCGAGCAGCUCUAUGACAAGACCUGUCAGUUCCUCAAUAUUAACAGAAGAGUUAAGGUUGUGAACGAGAAGUUACAGCACUGCACUGAACUAACAGACCUGAUGAGGAAUCACCUCAGUGAGAAACACAGUCUCAGACUGGAGUGGAUGAUUGUCAUACUGAUCACCAUUGAGGUGAUGUUUGAACUUGCUCGUGUGAUCUUCUGAGGACCCACAGACACAGACUUACAAUGGCAUACAGUGACUUUUUGUUUUCUGUAGAUGAAGUUGAUUUACUCAUUGAUCAGUCAUCUGAUCUUUUGCUAUUCUUAAUGUGAUACUGACCUGAAAUAAAGUUUUUUUUAGAAGGAUCA